AUGGGGUGUCACUACGCUUACUCCUAUGCUAAAGAUGCUGUGGAUGCCUGGGUCCAGUAUUCCUUCGCCAAUUACCUUACCACUGCCUGUUUCCAAUUACUUGGUUUUGCCACAUUAUUCCUUACUGCCAUCAAUAGUUUCAUGUACCUGCUACGUACCCCGUUCUGUUUUUACCGAUACUGGUACCCACCCAAACCACCUGCUGUUCGUGUUGCUGUCAACGACCCUUUACGAGUUCCUAGAGUGGUUCCUUGGUUGGAUUUUACCCCAUGGCGUAUAUCAAGCUAA